UCCAACUGGAAACGUCGCCGACUUGUUGGUCAAGCUGAUUUCCCACAUGCUGGACUCGAGCGGCCGUCUUCACCUUUCCCAGUGCACGAAAUCGUCAUAUUGCCCAAGAUGAACUACGGCAAGAAGGACGAGGAUGCCGAUACCGGCCUCGUGAAGGUCGAUCGUACUCAGGUCUUCCAGGAAGCACGACUGUUCAAUAGCUCCCCAAUCCAGCCUCGAAGAUGCCGCAUCCUCCUUACCAAGAUUGCCCUCCUGCUCUAUACGGGUGACAAGUUCCCCACCAAUGAGGCCACCACCCUGUUCUUCGGUAUCUCGAGACUCUUCCAGAACAAAGAUGCCAGCUUGCGGCAGAUGGUCCACCUGGUCAUCAAGGAGCUGGCCAGCUCCGCCGAAGACAUAAUUAUGGUGACCAGCACAAUUAUGAAGGAUACCGGAGGCAGCACAGACGUUAUCUACAGGCCAAACGCCAUUCGGGCGCUCUGCCGCAUCAUUGAUGCCACGACUGUCCAAUCGAUCGAGCGUGUCAUGAAGACGGCAAUCGUUGACAAGAACCCCUCGGUAUCAUCGGCCGCACUCGUUUCCUCGUAUCAUCUUCUUCCCGUUGCCAGGGAUGUAGUCCGGCGGUGGCAGAGCGAAACCCAGGAGGCCGCCGCCAGCACCAAGUCGUCUGGAGGGUUCUCUCUCGGCUUCUCGUCUUCGUCGGGCAAUCUCCCUGUAAACAACUCGACAAUGACACAAUACCACGCGAUCGGCCUGCUCUAUCAGAUGCGAAUGCAUGACAGGAUGGCAUUGGUUAAGAUGGUGCAGCAGUUUGGCACUGCCGGCGCAAUCAAGAACCCUGCCGCCAUCGUUCUGCUCGUCCGCCUAGCCGCUCAGCUGGCCGAGGAGGAUCCGCAUCUCCGGAAGCCGAUGAUGCAGCUGCUGGACAACUGGCUACGGCAUAAGAGCGAGAUGGUCAACUUCGAGGCCGCCAAGGCCAUCUGCGACAUGAGGGACGUUACCGAUGCCGAGGUUUCUCAAGCCGUCCAUGUCCUGCAGCUCUUCCUCACCUCCCCGAGAGCCGUGACGAAAUUUGCUGCCCUCCGUAUCCUCCACAACUUCGCCUCGUUCAAGCCGCAAGCUGUGAAUGUCUGCAACCCUGACAUCGAACUCCUGAUCUCGAAUAGCAACCGCUCAAUCGCAACCUUUGCGAUCACCACUCUGCUCAAGACGGGUAACGAGGCCAGCGUGGAUCGACUGAUGAAGCAAAUAUCCGGGUUCAUGGCCGAGAUCACGGACGAGUUUAAGAUUACCAUCGUUGAGGCGAUCCGGACCCUCUGCCUCAAGUUCCCCAGCAAGCAGGCUGGCAUGCUUCAGUUCCUCAGUGGUGUUCUGCGCGACGAGGGUGGCUACGAGUUCAAGCGAGCCGUCGUGGAGAGCAUGUUCGACCUGAUCAAGUUCGUCCCGGAUUCCAAGGAAGAUGCUCUCGCCCACCUCUGCGAGUUCAUUGAAGACUGCGAAUUCACAAAAUUGGCCGUGCGAGUCCUCCACCUUCUGGGUCUCGAGGGACCCAAGACCUCUCAACCCACCAAGUACAUCCGAUACAUAUACAAUCGGGUCGUCUUGGAGAACGCAAUCGUCCGGGCCGCGGCUGUGACCGCCUUGGCCAAGUUCGGUGUCGGCCAGAAAGAUCCUGAGGUCAAGCGUAGUGUGCAGGUGCUUCUCACCCGCUGCCUAGACGAUGUCGAUGACGAAGUCCGGGACCGAGCUGCUCUUAACCUCCGACUCAUGGCCGAGGAAGAUGAAAUGGCAACCAGAUUUGUCAGGAACGAUACCAUGUUCGCCCUUCCCUAUUUCGAACAUCAACUCGUCAUGUAUGUCACAUCAGAUGACAAGUCGACAUUCUCCGAGCCUUUCGACAUCUCCCAGAUCCCGGUUGUGACCCGGGAACAAGCAGACGCAGAGGACAGGACGAAAAAGCUCACAGCAACGACUCCAUCACUCAAACCACCGAAGGUUGGCCCUACCAAGGUUGGCCCUACUGGCGCAGAUGCUGCUGCUUCGGCAACUGCGGUCGCACAGCAACACGCUCAGGAGUUGCUACAAAUUCCGGAAAUGAAGGAGUUCGGUGCUGUCCUGAAAUCAUCACCCGUCGUGGAGCUCACAGAAGCCGAGACCGAAUACGUCGUCUCGGUGGUCAAGCAUAUCUUCAAGGAGCACGUUGUGCUCCAGUACGAGGUCAAGAACACAUUGCCAGCGACGGUAUUGGAAAAUGUCUCCGUCGUAGCUACGCCGUCGGAUGACGAAGAGCUAGAAGAGGUGUACAUCAUCCAAGCCGAGAAGCUUGAGACCGACGUGGCAGGCAAGGUAUACGUCGCGUUCAAGAAAGUCAACGGCGAGGGAUCAAUGCCCGCCUCCACGUUUUCCAACGUGCUCAAGUUCACCAGCAAGGAGAUCGACCCGACGACGAACGAGCCGGAGGAGACCGGCUACGAUGACGAAUACGAAGUUGCCGAGUUCGACCUGGCCGGCAGCGAUUAUGUCAUCCCGGUAUUUGCGAGCAACUUUGCGCAUAUCUGGGAGCAAGUUGGCGCCGCAGGAGAGGAGGCCGAGGAGACAUUGCAGUUGAGCGGAAUGAAGAGCAUAGCAGAAGCUACAGAGCAGCUGGCCAAGACGCUGUCAUUACAGCCCCUGGAAGGCACAGAUGUCCCGGUCAACCAGACGACGCACACGCUCAAACUCCUGGGCAAGACGGUCCACGGCGGCAGGGUGGUUGCCAAUGUCCGGAUGGCCUUUUCGUCCAAGUCGGGAGUGACAACUAAGAUCACCGUCCGAAGCGAGGAGGAGGGGGUAGCGGCACUGGUGAUCGGGUCGGUAGAGUACCUAGGUAGGGUGAACAAGGCCCUGGAAGAGUUUAAACAGAUUAUCCUCCCAGACCUGGCAGCGUGUUGCAACACCCGGGCUUGGCCGUACCGAGCGUAUUCUGUCAAUACAAGCACGGAGGGAUUCAUUCAUGAAUCCACAUGGCAAGACGCGACGAGCAGGGUUCCAACAUUUUUAAUUGUCUCCCAAGUAAUAAUUCUUCACACUCCGUCGAAUUCUCGAUCUGGAAUUUCGCGCUCGUCUCCAAAUCGCGACCACCCGUCGGCUCGCCUCCAAAUAGCGAAGAAGAGGGAGAAAAGGGACAAGCGACAAGGGGCACAAAAUGUACGUUCGACAGGACAGGCUACCUGCGCUCCGGCAGUACAACCGUUCUACACAAAUGUGGUCAUCAAGUGCUUCCCCAUGUCCAUGGCCCCGAACGCCAUCACCCUCACUGGCUUCAUGUUCGUCGUCGCCAACUUCCUGACUUUGCUAUGGUACAACCCAACCUUGGACCAGGACUGCCCCUCCUGGGUCUACUACACCUGGGCCGCCGGCCUAUUCUUGUACCAGACCUUUGACGCCGUGGACGGAACACAGGCUCGCAGGACCCACCAGUCUGGACCCCUCGGCGAGCUCUUCGACCAUGGCGUCGACGCCCUCAACACGACGCUCGAGGUGCUCCUCUUCGCCGGCUCGCAGAACAUGGGACAGGGCUGGAAGACGGUCGCGACGCUCUUCGCCUCGCUCCUGACCUUCUACGUGCAGACCUGGGACGAGUAUCACACCAAGACCCUCACGCUGGGCAUCGUCAACGGGCCCGUCGAAGGCAUCCUCGUGCUCGUCGGCGUGUACGCCCUGACGGGCUUCAUGGGCGGCGCCCACUUCUGGCAGCAGGGCAUGCUCCCAACCGUCGGGAUUCCCCGGCCUGCCGCCGUCCCGCAGGCCGUCUACGCCCUGAGCUUCACCGAGUGGUACCUCGUCCUCGGCACCUUGGUGCUGGUCUACAACACGGUCGAGUCGGCGCGCAACGUCGUCCGGGCCCGGCGCGCCCGCGGCAACCAGAGCCGCGUCGCCCUCCUCGGCCUGCUGCCCUUCUUCGCGACCUGGGCCCUCGUCGUCGCCUACCUGAUCCUGCAGCCCGACAUCCUGCACCUCCACCUCGUCCCCUUCGCCCUCUUCGUCGGCAUCGUCAACGCGUACUCGGUCGGCCGCAUCAUCACCGCCCACCUGGCGGGCCUCGACUUCCCCUACGCAAACGUCCUCGUCCUGCCCCUCGCCUACGCCGUCGCCGACUCCCUCGGCCCCUUCCUCCAGUACGAGACCAACCACUCCUGGCUCGGCUGGCCCAGCGCCCUCGGCCGCGGCGUCUACCAGGUCGCCUUCGUCUUCUGCAUGCUCGGCGCCGCCGUCGGCGUCUACGGCAGCUUCGUCGUCGACGUCAUCGUCACCAUCUGCGACUACCUAGACAUCUGGUGCCUGACCAUCAAGCACCCCUGGGACCCAUCGGCGCAGCCACUGCAGCCGGCGGACGGGAAGGAGCAGAGCGCCCAGAUCGCGCACGGGAAGAAGACGGCCUGAACUUGGGUGUGGUUUUGGAUGAUAUGACCGGGGAGGACGGUGUGGGUUCCUGGCCCCGGAUCCGGUGGGAGGGAGGGCGGAGGAUCUAAUAAAUGCUGCUGGGUUCGACGAAUCAUUCGAAGAGACGAGAACCAGCGUAUAUGUGCCACAUAUGGAUAGGAGGACAAGGGACCGCAACAUAUAAUCAUAGAGUUGGGUGGAGUUUUGGCGCAACGAUCUCAGGGACGAGAUUGGCUGUUCGGUCGAUGCGACCGGUCUGGUAGGCUCAUUGUUCUUCCACGCGAGAGAUACCAGCUAUAUAUAUAUAAGUUUAAUGGUGGGGAGAGAUGGGUUGAGUUCGCGCAGCUUUGAGGCAGAAACUUCAUCAGCCAGAGGACUGUCGCUAGCAUCCAUGGAUAUUCCAAGGGGGUGAACAUGUCUCGGGGAUCCUCGCGGCUGCCAAGAUUAGGUUCCGAUAUAGGAAGACGGACGAUAAUAUACUCCUACCUAGCCACUUAA